AUGGCCAAGAUGGCACCGGCGGACUUCGCCCCCAGCACUGGCCGUAGCCCGGCAGCCGGCCAGUGUCCAGACAGCAAAGGUGCUGCAGGUCUUCUUCCCAAGCGCAGCCAAUGUCGACGUCAAAGAGGAUUUAGCUGGGUAGUAGCAGCAGUAGAAAGCCUGAACUCCUACUGGGACUAUCACUGCAACUACCAGGUAUCACUAGCGCUGCUGCAACCAUUCUACAGCAAGCCUUCAGCUAACCUUGACGGACAAAACAAUGGCGAGAUAUUGAUCCUAUGGCUUAUAUGGAUUGUUCUGAUUAAUGGGGUUACGAAUGUCAGAGCUGGUGCAUGUGGCAAGGGAAGAGCAUGCUAUAUUAUUGUGUAUGAUCUGAGUAUUUCACAAAUUCUGUAG